AGGAAUUAAACAAAUGCAUGAACCCACAUUUUCAUAAAGAGUGAUCCUGAAUUUGUGUGGAAGCAUGGUGAACCACUUCUCCCAAUACACCGUUCUCCUUCUCUUCACUACAUCAAGCAUUCUUGUGGUUAUGGUGGAUGGUGACCGAUGCAAGGAUGAUCUUCUUGGGGAUUGCACAAGCGACUGCAACCAAAAGUGCGUGGCGGCACAUCCCGGCGGCGAGGGAAUAUGUGGGCCUAGCCUAGGCUUUAGGAACCGCUGCUGGUGUUACUACGAGUGCCCGCCAUUGAAGAAAUGCCAAGAUUCGUUUUUCAUAGACAGAGGGUGUGCGGAUAACACCAAGUGUGACCUUGCCUGUGCUGCAAAGUACCCUGGAAAGGGUGCUGAGGGAACUUGCGGUUUCCGUGCUACGUUGAAAAGAUGGUCUUGCGAUUGCACUUACUUUUGUAAUCCUAAUUAAUUAUGCUAUCAACAGUAAUCAUUUGCCUUCAAACUAGUGAUAAAAAUAAAGAGCGCGUUAUUAUUUUGGAGAUAACA